AUGGGGCGGGGGCAGCGGCUGCUCCGGGCGGGCGGCGGCUGUGCCCUCCUGCUGUGCCUGAUGCUCCUCGGGCCCGGGGCGGCGGCGGCGGCCGGGGAGCGCCCCUCGCAAGUCUUGCACGGCUGCCUGUUUGACAGGAGAUUGUGCUCUCAGCAGGAGGUCUGUGUGCAAGAUGGCUUGUUUGGUCAGUGCCAGGGAAGUUCACUACAAGAUCGGCCCUACUUUCAAGUCACAGCACCAGUGCUGCAACGUCUACAAGAUGUGCUCCGGCACCUUAUGGCGCAAGGUUUAUCAUGGCAGGAUGACAUCACACAGUAUGUGAUCUCCCAGGAAAUGGAACGCAUCCCCACAGUUUACCUUCCCCCUUCGCAGGACCUGGUGUCUGAGGACAGGUUCCUACCGGUCCACCUGGUUCCCAGGAGGUCUUCUCUGCCACCUGAACCUGCCUCCUUCCAGGCUGCUCACCAGCCCCCUCUCCCUCCAGCACUCCUGCAGCGGUAUCUGGAGAUGCUUCUGCCCUCUCACGCUGAGCUCGGCUACAAGGGGGCUUUCUUUUCCUCCUACCCCCACUACCAGUUUGGCUAUCCCAACGGCCACUUCCCGGACAGUGCCAGUCCUCGGAAUCCGGAGGUCCCCGUUCUCUUGGAUCGAGCCGCUGCCUCAAAGAGCCUGUUUGGAGUCAGCAGUGCCCCUUCCUACAGGGGGCAGCAGGGGCUGGAUGGAGGCCAGCUUUUCCAAGAUUUGGGAGGACUCUACUUGACACAGAAGCAGACAGGCAAAUCCAGCACGAGAGAUCAGCACACACAGGAUUCCCGGACAGAAAGUUCCCUUCAGGACUACGGCAGUCACUUUGAAGACGGAGAGGAACCCUGGAUACCCCUGGCAGAACCAGACCGAGCUGUACAGAGACUCUCAGCAGUGCUCAACAGCUAUGGGAUCAGACUGCAGGACAUCAGUCCCCAGCAGCUCACCUCCCUCAUCAGUCUGUUCCGGCUCCACCAAAGUCCUGCAGGUGGGCUUGGACCAGACAGCCCAGAGUCUAAGCGGGUGACAGAAGCUGAAAUGCAACAUGGGGAUGACCUGAAACUGCCACCCUCUCAAGAGAGCUACGUUAGUUCUGGCCCCACUGAGAGGCAGAUACUAGCACAGGUUGAGGCACUUGGCCCAACCCAGGCCAAAGUGUGGACAACAGUGGCUCCCCCAGAACAGCCUGAACCCCUGCGCCCUGGUGAGAGGGGCAGAACUGGUCCCGAGGGGCAAGUGGUUAUGAAGAAGAGCCACUCAACAUCAGGGGGGCCUGGCAGGGCGGAAGAACGGCUGGAGACAGCACUGGCUGCUGAGGAGUAUGGCUACAUUGUCACUGACCAGAAGCCCUUGGGUCUUGCUGCUGGCAUCCGGCUUCUGGAGAUCCUGGCUGAACAUGUGCACUUGUCAACUGCCAGUUUCAUCAACAUCAGUGUUGUGGGCCCAGCCCUCACCUUCCGCAUCCGUCAAAACCACCAAAACUUAUCACUCGGUGAUGUGGCCAACAGGGCGGCACUGGUAAAACCACAGCUGGAGUCUGAGGUGGGAGUGAAGAUCCUACAGACAGGUGUGGGGCAGCGCAACGAGGCUGCAACAUACCCACAUCCUGUGCAUUUUGGUGACACCUUUCGCUCAGUGCUGCUCACCUUUGUGGCGCUGGCCUGUGUGGCAGGCAUUGUCAUUGCUGCUGCUGUGGUCUUCUGUUUGCGCCAGCAUGCCAAACAGCGUGAAAAAGAGCGGCUGGCUGGGUUGGGGCCUGAAGGAGCAGCCGAUAGCACCUUUGAAUACCAGGAGCUGUGUCGGCAGCACAUGGCUGCUAAGUCACUGUUUGGCCGCGUGGAAACACCCCCUGCCCCAGCCGAGAACUCCCGUGUGAGCAGCGUCUCUUCACAGUUCAGUGAUGCACCCCAGGCCAGUCCCAGCUCCCAUAGCAGCACACCGUCCUGGUGCGAGGAACCUGUGCAGUCCAACAUGGACAUCUCCACUGGUCACAUGAUUCUGGCAUACAUGGAGGACCAUCUGCGCAACCGUGAUCGGUUGGCCAAAGAGUGGCAAGCACUGUGCGCAUACCAGGCUGAACCUAAUUCCUGCAGUGCAGCCCAGCAUGAAGCAAACACCAAGAAAAACCGUAACCCGGAUUAUGUGCCCUAUGACCACGCACGCAUCAAGCUGAAAGCAGAGAGCAACCCAUCCCGGAGUGAUUUCAUCAAUGCCAGUCCCAUUAUUGACCAUGACCCACGGAUGCCAGCGUAUAUCGCAGCCCAGGGGCCCCUCUCCCACACCAUUGCGGACUUCUGGCAGAUGGUGUGGGAGAAUGGCUGCACUGUGAUUGUGAUGCUGAGCCCCCUCGUGGAGGAUGGGAUCAAGCAGUGUGACCGCUACUGGCCUGACGAAGGCUCCUCGCUCUACCACAUCUAUGAGGUGAACUUGGUAUCAGAACACAUCUGGUGUGAGGAUUUCCUAGUGCGCAGCUUCUACCUGAAGAAUGUGCAGUCCCAGGAGACCAGGACCCUCACCCAAUUUCACUUCCUGAGCUGGCCAGCAGAAGGGAUUCCCACCACCACGCGGCCUCUUCUUGACUUCCGCAGGAAGGUGAACAAAUGCUACCGGGGUCGCUCGUGCCCAAUCAUUGUACAUUGCAGUGAUGGUGCCGGGAGGACUGGAACUUACAUCCUCAUUGACAUGGUUCUGAACCGAAUGGCCAAAGGUGUGAAGGAGAUUGAUAUUGCAGCCACCCUAGAGCAUGUGCGUGAUCAGCGGCCUGGCAUGGUGCAGACUAAGGACCAGUUUGAGUUUGCGCUGACCGCUGUCGCGGAGGAGGUGAACACCAUCCUGAAGGCGCUGCCACAGUGAUGCCCGCCCUUGGCGCACCCCAGCUUUGUGACGCUCACCACCUUGAACCUAUGCCACUGCUGUGCUCUGUCCUUGCCUGGGGUGUUCCUUUAAUCUGGUCCAUCUCCCAUGUUGUUUGCCAUGGCAGCCUUUUAAGCCACCUGUGGGGAUGCUGGGCCUCUUGACUUCUUCCCUUCUUGGUCCCUCUCUGUCUCCCUGAAGACCCUAUUCCCACCCGGGUUCUUCUGGAACUAGCU